AUGGAGCCUUCAUCAUCAGACUACAGCGAUGAAGAAGUUGGCGUAAUAGCGAGAGGUCAGAAGCUCUGGGUCAGAGGUGUCCGCUCUCAUACCACCUGCGCUGACAUCGUACGAGCUUUGCAAGAUGCUCCGGAAGCUAGCUGUUUAAGCGAACCAGGUGAAUGGGUGCUUGCUGAACGAUGGCGCGGUGUGGAACGACCUUUACCGCCAGAUGUACCCGUCUUACACGUUCUGGCUGCUUGGGGCGAUGCGAGGCACGAGGUACGUCUUUCCCUACGGAGACUAUCCAGCGGUGGAGAGGAUGACUCAGGUCGAGACAGCGACGCUGGAAGUCGCAGCAGAACCAGAAGAAGACGAAAAGGACAUCGAACUGCCACUCCCCCUUCUAGAGCAAAGAGCGAGGAACCAGCAGCCAGACUCGUUUCAGUUAUACAGCAUCAAAGCAGAACGAUACAUCAACAGCUUGAUAAAUUAAGAGAUCAAGAGAAACUCAUAGACCAACUAGAAGACCAGACACACAAAAGCAGAAUGGAGAAGCACGGCACCAACUACCUCCUAGAGUCGUAUUUACGCGAUUUAGGAAGAUGCAGCGAAGUCAACGACAGUCAAGCGGCAAAUAGCGACAGUGGUGUAGGCGUGGGAAGCGGCACACCACCGAGAAGACACACGAAACACAAAUCGAGAAGAGAGAGACACCUCAUGAGAGAACACUAUUUCACGAAAGAACUCACAGACAUCUGCCAAGUGAACUCCGAAAGACUGACUCAGACGCACAACGAUACAGAUUCAGAGGCUUCAGCCGACGAAUUAACAAAGAUAAGAGAGGAAAUCGAACUGCUGGAGAAACUGGCAAUCAUAAAUAAAAGACUGCAUCGCGAGGAAGAACUAGUCGUGCGGCUGACUGCUAAAGUCAAACGAUACACGGACGAGGACAAAGCAAAUAGCUGCGAGAACGUCUCGCAAGUGACGAUGUUGAUAGACAAGAUAGAGGAAGAUCUAGCGAAGACAGCACUAGAAAUGCAAGAGAAUACAGCGGAAUUGGAAAGAACGGAUCGAGAGUUGGAGUAUCGAUCAAAAUUGCUCGACGAACUGACAUUACAAUUGGAAGAGGAAGAACUCCAGAACACGAUAUUGGAGAGGCAGCUGAACGAGGCGUCGAGUAGACAGCCGAUAGCCUUACAGGACAGCUACAUACCAGUGCUAGAUCAGAACCAAGCCGUCUUCACCUACACGGGCAACGGAUAUGUGUUGGAUACACUCGUAUGA